UACAUAACUACAUAUACUGGAGGACAGGGGGCAUUAUUGUAUUAAUGUCUGCUACGAUGUGAAUGUGCCAGCCAUUUCAAGGAUCAUACUGUAAUUUGGAAUGGGAAAUUAAUCACGAAUUCACCCAAAUCAAGAUGAUACCGAUAUGAGCCAGCGAGAGUGACGGAAAAAAAACACUUUUCCAAGAUGGCCGCACCUCUCACCGUGCAGCUGCGCAAUGCGGAGAGCUCGGUCCUGUUUAUGCAACAGGAGCACGCCAAGACGCUGCAGGGACUGCACCAGGAGCUGCAGAAACUGCAGAAGAAAUGCGCAGAGUUGACCUUUGAACUUGCCAUGAAGAGUGGCUCACCUGAUGAAGAAUUUUAUGAGAAACAGCAAAAACUUUUGGAGGCUCAGCUGCGAGAAAAGACCAAAGACUAUUUAGAGGCGGAGAUGCAAGUCCAGAAACGUGAUUCCAAGAUCAUCAUCCUUGAGCAGCAGGCUAAGAUACAGGAUCGACGACACCAGGAUGAAAUCAAACAGUACCAGAGCAAAAUAUCAGGGAUGACCAGUGAGCUUGAGCAGCGCUCCAACAGUUUAGCUUACAUGACAACCCAGUUACAUCAACUGAAGCUAAGACAUCAGGCAAGGGACGAUACCAGUCCGGCUGAAAGAAUUGGAAGUCCCGUACCACCGAAAGAUAAACCGCAUCAUGUCCGCCGACAUAAAGUGCGAUCCAGCUCCAUCGGGUUGCUACCCGGGGAGAACUUAAGGGGACACUUGCGCGCCGUCCACCCAGCGAGUAUUGAGAACGCAGACGUACUGGAGUGUACGGCCGACGCCGCGACAAAACAGUUCAUUGUCACGACGAGACACUCGGGUUCGGCCAGUCCCCACCGACCGAUCGCACGCUCACGGACGGAAAUCAUGGACCUUCGACCGUUUCUCGCCAAUGCAGCUGGCCGCGAUCAAGACAUUAACGCCAAACCGGCUCCACCCAUCUUGCCACCUAUCGCUCCGCACCUCGAGGACGGGAGACACAGACCAGAGAAACAUCCGAUGUUUGCUAAGAGGACCCUUCACAGGUCCAGCUCUGAGUUUGAGAUUUCCUCGAAGGAGACCCUUGCCGUGGAGAAAGUAUGUUCAGUUGAGAAUGACUUGCGACAGAUUGAACAGUCCAAAACUGACUGAUACACCGCUAUUUAUCCAAAAAAGUAUAUAUAUUUAAGUGUGUGCCUUUUAAUGCAUCUGUGGAUUUUUUUUAAAUUAUGUCACAUGUUACAUUUUUAGCACAUGUUGCAGUUUUGUUGAUUUUAAUAAUAUUGCAAAAUUUUAACAAAUUAUCAAAUAUCAUAAAUUAAAACCCAGCGAUUAGAGUUGUCACUCACCCAAGAUGGUUAGGAAAACAAAUGCACUAAUGGAGACUUUAGAAUAUUACAAAUAAUAAUAUGUGUUUUGUUGAUCGCAAAGUGCUUGAUUAAAAAAACAGUGUGUCAUGUAAAGCAAUGUAAGCUUUUCCCAUUGUGUUAUUCUCACUGGUGCUCAAUCAUGCUCUAGUAAUUCUAUCACUAAUCAUAAUUUGUAGGAGAAGUGUUCCCCGCCCAUUGAUAUCAUAGAAGAUGACGUAUUACCUUCAAUUUUGAAAGGACAUCAGUCAUGCGCAACUUUGCAUAAUUUAGUGACUCUAUUGAUAUGGUGUGCUACACCAAAACCUGCUACUGGGAGCGGGAGACAAAUUGGUUACUUAUCAUAUAGUGGAAUUGGUAAUAAUAAUAUCGCAUAAAAAAGCAAUUUUUUUUGCUUUUAACACAGACUCUCAAAACACAAAUUCUUGUUACGAAACAAACUGGAAAGUCAAAUGUGCCACAAACAUUAUAGGAGCUUUAAUAGAGGUUUUUAAAAAAAAACAGCCUAAAUUAUGAAAAAUCAUUGGUUUUUAGUUAAUACACCAUACAAUCAAUCAUGAACAUUGUAUGUUUGUUUUCUUCAACGAUUUCAUACACAAUGAUUUACUUAUUUCAGUUUUGCAAGGCACAUUAAAAGAAACUGUUAUAGAACAACUUUAAUGCUUCAGCUGUUUUUUCAACUAUUUCUAAGGUAUUGGCAAAAAAAAAAACGGACCAUUGCCAAGACCUUGGCCCAAUCUCAUAAGCUGUUAAGAAAAGAAAAUAGUGG